CACUUAGAAUACAUGUAUAAUUAAAAAUUUCUAUGUAGAUUGCUCUGAUUGCUGGCGGUGCUGAAGAAAUCGGUCAAACUAUAUCGCAGCUGUUAAAAACUAAUAACCAACUCAAUAUCUUUGCAUUGUACAAUGUAGUGACUAUUAAUAGAUUUUCGCCAGGUUAUAAUACGUUUGAUACAUAUAAUUUUUCCGAUGAUCAACGAUUUAAGUUUCUGGUAAGUAAGCUUGCUAUUUACGCUUUGCUGGAAAAUGUUCGACAUAAUUUGUAAAUCGAUACAGUUAGUAGUAAUUAGUAGUAAUGGAAAUAAUAUUAGUUGGACAAAGAUGUCGCUUAACAAUAAAAACAUAAAUAUCCAUUUAAAUAGCCGUCAGGAAUGCUGAUGACAAAGAAAUUCUGUUCGAUCGACGUUAAUCGUCCAAACACGGCUAUUAAUAAUGCAAAGAAGCUAGACAAUAUUAUCACUCUUAAUCUUUCCAAACAUCAAGAAAACAAUGGAAAAGUAAGAAUAUAACAUUAUUUGGUAUUUUAGUAUCCAUACAGUCGUCACAUAUCGGAGCAUAUUCAAUAUCUUACAGUCUUAAACAAUAUUCUGUUUCGAACAACUUUUAUAAUAUCUUUUUAAUUAAUGUAUCAGAUACUAAGCAAAGUUGCGUAUUUAAAAUUAUAAUAAUAUAUCAAAUGUAAAGAUUUAGUUUUACAAUGCAGUGAAUGUUUUAAUACAGAAUCAAACACAAAGACUUGUGGAAGCUCUUUAUCGUUUACCAGUGGCAGAAGAAGCUCCAACGUUAGACAGCUUGUUGAUGGCUAAUGAAACAAUAUCCAAGGUAAGAAAUAUAUAUAUAUAUAUAUAUUGAUAUAGUUUUAAAAAUGCAUGAAAAGUUUCGACACCGUUUCUGCGCUCUGUAAUAUUUAAUAUAUAACAAUAUAAUGAUACGCUUAAAAUAAUUGCGACUAAUAUUACAUUAACUCGCAUACAUAGAAAUCACGCAUUAAAUUCGCUAUAAAAAUAAAAUCGAUAUAUUGUCUCGUCCGUUUGUUGAAUUGUGCUUUGCUAAUCGAAAUGUUCAACUUAAGAAAAAAAUUGAUCAGUGGAAGCGCUUAGGAUUAUCGCUAAACAUUAGUUAGUUCUAACUGUGGUUUAAACAUAAAAAACACAACUGAAGCAUCGUUUGAUUAAGGCAAAGAGGAGAAUCAAGAGUUCAUCUUGGAAAGUUCCCGUUGCAAAAGAAAAUAAUCGUCAAUCAUUGCCGACGUCUUUGUUAAAUGAUGACGAAACGCUGGCGAGAGGCUUGGUGAAAAGAUCUAGAAGUACCGGAAUGAUUGCAAAUGCAGAGGCACGUUGCAAAGCAAUCGGGAAAUCUGCUAGUUGGGUGAUACCUGCAGCGCUGUCAAGUAACAAGUCGAAAUUGUGGCACGAAAUUUGUGUUCAUGGCAGAAGACAUAUCAGCUGGUUUUCCGCUAAGCCGCUCCUUGUCCCAAGAAAUGAUUCGACAAACACGAUGAACGAGCAUCUCAAAAAGCAGAGCGACAUAAUAUGUAAAAAAAAUUCAAGAACCGAAUUAGGAAAUAUAAAAGCAACGGUAGGCAACGAUAAUUUAAAUGAUAAUAUUUCAACCAACUUUCUAUUGUCGAAAGAAGAUGAAUCAAGAUUCUUUACGCCCAUUUGCGCGAAUCUCGAAGACGAAAAUCUGCAAACGAAGAAAAUUACGAAUAAUAUUUUCAGACAAUCGUCUACAUUAAACGUCGCGGAUCACGGAUGCGAGGCAGAUGCGCAGAAUUGCAACAACAAAACUACUAGAGACGAUAUUUUAAACAUCGUUGAAAGAAAGGAUUGGAUUCAACGAGUAUACUCGAAUAUCAAAUCCACAUUUCGAGAUUUGCACGUUACAAUCCAGUCUUGGUCGGCAACAACGUUGGAUUCGUACAGCCUGGGAAAUAUUUUCGCGUUGAACGAAUCGAUUCCGGCUGCCGAUGCAAUGUCCUACAACACAGUCUUCUUUGCACGGAAGGAUUCAAAAUCGAAAAUUCGGAAAAAGAUAGAAGAGUUUUGCACGCAGCGUAAAAACAGGAAGAAACCGAGUAGAGAUGAUAUUUGUAAUAAAAGAAAGAGAUCUUGCAAAGCUGCGAAAAAGGAUAUAUGCCAGAAGAGGGAGAAAUGUCAAAAGAAAGAAAAACUAUGUCAAAAGAAAGAAAAACCAUGUCAAGAGAAAGAAAAACCAUGUCAAGAGAGAAAGAAACCAGAUUGCUCCAAGAGGAAAAAGUGGGUGCUUACUAAACAGAAGAGAGUUGUCUGCGAGCAGAAGAAGAGUGAUAAAGAUAAAGUCUGCGAUUGUCGUACAACUCGAAAGGUGGAGCCCCAAGAAAAACCGUGUAUACGUCGCAAGGAUGACGAUACCUGUAAAAAGACAUUAGAUUCUUGCAAAGCGCAACCGUGCACACAGCUUAAAGAUGUUUGCAAACCUACAUUAGAUUGUCAAGAACCGUCGAAACCGUAUAAAGUUGACACUUGCAAACCGUGUACAAAACCCAAGGAUGAAACUUGUAAAUCGAUCAUAGAUUCUUGCGAAGAUCAACCGUGUACGAAGCCAAAGGAUUGCAAAUCGAUAUUGGAUUCUUGCGAAACGUGUUACAAGGAAAAGGAAAAGAAUUUCUGCAUAGAGUCCGGAGAAAACAAAUGUCGAAAAUCGGUGUACAAAAAAUACAAAAGCGAUAAAUGUGUGAAAGACAAGAAAUGCUGGCAGGAUAAAGAUGAGGAUAUAUCAUGUAAGCGGGAGGUGCGAAAGGAGUGUCAGGAAACAAAGAAAACAGUUUGUAAGGAGAAGAAGAAAAAAGAUAGCGAGAAACACGAUCGCACGGAAAUCAAGAAAGUUGCACCGUGCAAAAAGCAAUGUCCAACAGUAGUAAAGGCGCCAGGUUGUCCGGAAGACGACGAAAAGAAAAGAGGCUCGAGAAAAUAUUCCACUUACGUGUCAUGAAAUGUGUCAACAACUCCUUUUUGCAAAGAUUAUUAAACGCUGCAGAUUUAAAACAUUUCUCGACAAGUGCUGAUCUCGUAAACGCUCGACACGAAGAAAUUUAUUUAGCAAAAUUGCGAUUCGUCGUAUCUGUAUAAUAUCGAUGUAUUAAGAAAAUGUUUUAUGACGAGAGAAAUUUAAGGAAAAUAUUGUUUUUAUAAUAUUAUAUCUGUAUAGAAUAUUACAGAUCUUUCUUUGUAGGCAGUCUCGUAAACAGUUCUGUUGUAAAUCCUGCGAAUUAAGAGUAAACGUUAUUUUACUACAAUAAUGCGUAUUUCGUGAGUGUAGCAUUUUGAGAG